GAAAAGGUGGAGAGAGCAGGUAAAAGUAUGUCUGUUUUGCUGAGGAGAAUAAGACGCACGGACGCAGCAGCUGCUUCAGUGCUGGAACGUGCAGAUUUUCACACUGAUUCUGAGAUCCGAUCGCUGGCUCGAGAAGAUCUGUGUGAGCUGUUUCCUGGAGCUGAGAAGCUCAAGCUGAGGAGGGCCAUCUUUGGGAUAAUACACAAACAGAAACCAAUUAAUGUGCUCCUGAAGGAACUCCAGGGUUUCAUUCCACACGAACCUCUCAAAGCUGCACUAUCUAGCGAUGGGAUCUUGGUUGACUACCUCCAUAUCCUCAGGGACAUGAAGAGUCAAGUGAAUAAUGUGCAGAGUUUCCUUGAAGCUCAUAUUAAUCUGCUGGAGGACAUCGGCAAAGCCCAGGCGGCCCAGGAGCCUCUCAGAGGUGUUUCGACAAAUGCCAGCACCUCGGUCCCCUGUGCUCAUUCGGAGCCCUACAAUGGCAAAGCCGAAGUUCAUCCUGAUGUAACACAAGUAAUGUACCAGAUGGUUGUCAUCGGGAAAACCUCCGACGCUCAUCUGCAGAUGAUGGCAAAGGUGCAGGCUCAAGUUCAAGACCGGGUUCAGCUCAUUUCAUGCAGUCAGGACUGCCAGAUCGUCUUUGUCUUCUGCCCAGGCGGCUCACGUGAUGGGACGGAUGUUGAAGCUGCCAUGACGAGUGUGAUGGGCGAUGAACCCGUCAUUCUGGUGUUGAUGCACUGCACGCACGAGGUCGAGCAUGCGGCGUCAAUGAGAAAAUGGUCCGGUCACUCAAAUGUUGUUUUGCAGGUCAAUGUUUUCUACCAGGAGAUGGCACGGGGAUUACUGAGAUGUCAAGAAAAUACCGCCGCGGUCUCUCAGAUACAAAAGAAAUUACUGGAGUACAGUUUUCUGACAAGCAAGCCGCCUGUCACCAACAGGACUGGUACUAUUCCUGUGAAUGACGCUGAGAACCGCAGUGAGCUCAGUUUCAGUUUGUUUCAUAGAGGCAGCAGCAGCAGCAGCACUUCCAGUAGCAGUAGUGAUACUGAAACGAAAAGUAUCUGGGGGCCUGCGGAGUAGAAGUGGCAGUUCUGGUUUUGGUCAUUCUGGUAUUACUUUUCUAGAGGCUGAGAAAACCAGGAGCAAAAUUGGCCUUUUUUUCCACAUGUAACAUGGAUAGACAAUUAGCUAUUUUUAACUUGUUUUCAUCAAUAUUUUAAAUGUUUGGAUGAAGAAAAUAAUUGCAUGUAAAUGAAAUAAAGCAUGCAAUGUUCAUCUUUGUGCAGUUUUAUUUGUAAUGCAAGUGUGUAUUUAUGUGUCCAAUAGUAUAAUUGUCAUAUAUUACACCGAUGUCUUCAAAGUUGUAUUCUCUGUUUCUCAUUCCUCCUUCAGUACAGGAUCAAUAAAUGACGACAUAAGACAAGUCAUAUGUGCAUACAGUUUCUUUUAAACCUCUAUUAGUGCUAAUACAUUAAAUUAGUCCCAAUAGUUUGUUGUGCAAAUGUAUGCAAAAAAAAUGAAAUGAAUACCAUUA